UACUCCUCUGCAAGUCUUUUUUUUGUUUUUUGUUUUUUCGUGAUGUGUGUUUCUGCAACCAAACCAAAAUCACUAUAAGAAAAUUCCACCAUUUUUUUUUAUCAUUAGCUCCAUUUUUUCCACCAUGUCUAAUCCCUCUUGAAUCUUUUCCCCUUCAAGAAAUCAGCUCAUUUUUCAUGUAUUGAAAGAAUCCUUUGUAAGCAGCAGAAGGAAUCAACAAUAUAAAUGUCAAAGAUAAUGGAAAUUCCACCUGGGUUUACAAAACCUUUGUGCAAAAGAAUUUGUAUUAAUGAUACAUACAUGCAAGAUGAUAAGAGCAAAACUGGCUCUGUUAAUGAACUUUCUGGUAAAAUGUGCAGUUUAAGAGAAAGAGUCCCCCCAAAUCCCUUUAUUCCCGUCCAUUUCCGGCUCCGUCCACGUGUCCCCCCGGGUAGCCCUCCCAAACAGAGAUCAGAUGUGACAGCUUCGCAACCUUCACGCCGCGGACCUGGUCGCCCUCAGAAACAGAAAUCAGAUGAAAUUUCAGCCUCACAACCUUCACGGCGUCGCCCAGGUCGCCCUCGGAAAAAGAUAUCAAAUGCUCCAGCAGUUUCACCUCCUGCACCACCAUCGGGGUUGACCGAAGAAGUUCCAGUACAAAUUUCUGCGACUGCAGGUGCUCCAGAGCUAGUUGCCCCACCUCCCGGGCCGUCUUUGGGAUCAAGCAGUCAUAGUCCUUUGGAAGUUCCCUAUAAUAGUGAGGAGGAACAAAGUGAAACAAAGUUAAAUCUAAAUCCUUUAUUAAGACUGAAGAAACCCCCAAGGACAAAUUGUACACCCGAGAUGCUUGAUGAAGAACUGAAGAAAGUGAUUCUUAAAGUUGAGUAUUUAUUGGUGCAAAAGUUGCUUACUUCUGAGAACGACGACGUAGAUUGCAUGGUUCAUCAGGCCAAUACUACCUUUACAUAUUUGAAAGGAUUUGGUGUUGAUUAUGGCUCUUUUUACAGAGAUGUCACUGAAUACAUUGAACAUCGCUACAAUUUACAUGAUGCAGAGAGACAAGAAACCUCGUUGUCUUUCUCAGUGUGGGGGGGAAAUUAUUUAAACGCUAUGCGAAAUGUAAAUGAUGUUGAUGAGGUUAUCGUUCGUACUCAUGGAGAACAUGAGAAGGUCAAAGAGAAAAUGGGAUCUUUGAAGAGGCAAAUAGAAGUUCUGAAUCAAGAGUUAGCACAUUUCGAACAUGAAGAUGAGCGUCUGAGACGUGAUAUGAUAAAAUAUAAAGAAGCACGUGAAGUUGCAGAAGCCAAGAGAAAAGAAAUUAACACACAGUUGGAGGCAGCUCAAGCAAAGCUAAGGGAAAUCAAGCAACGCAAGAAUGCAGCUCUCGUAGGGAUUGAAUCCACCACCCGACGCCUAGAGUCUACAUAUCGUUGAUGAUCUUGGUUAGUUGUAUUUUGUAUGCUCAUUGAACAAACUCCCCUUCUAGAUGAACUGAAAGUCCUCAUGACUAUCUUGAAUUGUUUUGGUUUUCACCUUUUCUGGCAGCUAACAGGUUGUUUCUUCGUUUAGUUAUCUAUGUGUAAUAGAUUUUAACUUGUGGA